CUUCCUCCUCUUCAGACUCGAGCAGGCUUUCCCCGCUUAAAGAGCCUCACGUCACCACUGAGGUGGGCUGCGGACCCUCCUUGGGGACAUCAACUCCCGCCCCUCCAAUCCCCAUAGACAGCCCCCCCUGCAGGAUCUCCUCGUCGUCCUGGUCGUCCUCUCACGCCCGCGGCUGCUGCUGCUGCUGUGUCCGGGGCGAGCAUGGCGUGUAUCGGGGACGCGGACCCCUUCACCGCGGCCAUUCCCGCCACCAAAGUUGAACUCACCGUGUCGUGCAGGAACCUGCUGGACAGAGACACUUUCUCCAAAUCUGAUCCUAUCUGUGUGCUCUACACUCAGGGGAUAGCGAACAGGGAAUGGAGAGAGUUUGGCAGGACAGAAGUCAUCGACAACACACUCAACCCAGACUUUGUCCGCAAAUUUAUUUUGGAUUAUUUCUUCGAGGAGCGACAGAAUCUACGCUUUGACCUGUAUGAUUUAGACUGUAAGAGCGACAACCUCUCCAAACAUGACUUCCUGGGCCAGGCCUUCUGCACACUGGGAGAGAUCGUGGGCUCGCUGGGAAGCCGCUUGGAAAAGCCUUUGAUUGGGAUCCCAGGGAAGAAAUGUGGAAACUUCAUCGUGAGAGCAGAGGAGCUGAGCAACUGCAGGGAGUCAGUCAUGCUGCAGUUUUGUGGCAACAAACUGGACAAGAAGGAUUUCUUUGGGAAGUCGGAUCCUUUCCUCGUCUUUUACCGCAGUAACGAAGACAGAUCCUUCACAAUUUGCCACAAAACGGAAGUGGUGAAGAACACUUUGGAUCCCGUCUGGCAGGCCUUCAAGAUUCCCGUCAGAGCGCUCUGCAACGGUGACUACGACAGGAGCAUCAAGGUGGAAGUGUACGACUGGGACAGAGAUGGCGGACACGACUUCAUUGGCGAGUUCAGUACCAGCUACAGAGAAAUGUCAAGAAGCCAGUCCCAGUUUCAUAUCUAUGAGGUGCUAAAUCCAAAGAAGAAAGACAAGAAGAAGAAAAAGUACCAAAACUCAGGAACGGUGACCCUGCUGUCCUGCCUAGUGGACACGGAGCUCUCCUUCUUGGACUACAUUCGAGGCGGGACGCAGAUUAAUUUCACGGUGGCAAUCGAUUUCACAGCUUCCAAUGGCAACCCAUCGCAGCCCACCUCACUGCAUUACAUGAGCCCCUACCAGCUCAAUGACUAUGCCAUGGCGCUGCGGGCCGUUGGGGAGAUCAUCCAGGACUACGACAGCGAUAAGAUGUUUCCAGCACUGGGCUUCGGUGCCAAGCUUCCCCCGGACGGACGUGUCUCGCACGAGUUCGCCCUGAACGGCAACCCCCAGAACCCGUACUGCAGUGGCAUCGAGGGUGUGAUGGAGGCUUAUUACCAGAGUCUCAAGUCAGUGCGUCUCUACGGACCCACUCACUUCUCCCCUGUCAUCAACCACGUAGCCAGGUAUGCAUCAGCAGUGACAGAUGGUUCGCAGUACUUCAUCCUCCUCAUCAUCUCAGAUGGCGUCAUCACAGACAUGGCUCAGACCAAAGAGUCCAUCGUCAAUGCUGCCUCUCUGCCCAUGUCAAUUAUCAUCGUUGGGGUCGGACCAGCCGAAUUUGAUGAAAUGAUCGAGCUGGACGGAGACGAGGAGAGGAUCUCCUCCCAAGGACGCUACGCCGAGAGGGAUAUCGUACAGUUUGUCCCUUUCCGAGACUACAUCGACCGCCGAGGCAAUCACAUCCUCAGCAUGGCGCGUCUGGCCAAAGAAGUGCUAGCUGAAAUCCCAGACCAGUUCCUAUCCUACAUGAGGACGAGAGGCAUCAAGCCUGGACCUCUUCCGCCUCCUUACACCCCGUGCCCUCCGCCAGCACUACAUCCUCUGCUCACCAGACGGGUAAGCCGGAUCUAAAGGUUCAAAGGCGUCGUCUUUUUGGCCUCCGCUUGCCUCUUUUCUUCUUCGUCUUCUUCUUCUUCUUCCAAAUCUUCACUGGAAGCUUUUGAGCUGGCAGCCCAUGGGUCUGCCGCACUUGGAGCGCCACAAAGGUGUAUGCUUCCACGUUUAGAAGACCUCUCGAGCGGGUGCUGUUCAGAGAAGGUGGCGGGCGUGAGCUCAGCCAAACUGCAAGGAACAUUAUUGAUUUUGGAUCCCGCUUCUGUCACCGAAUUGUGUCUCUCCAAGUAUAAAUGUUUACAAAUUGGAAAGAAGGAAAGAUUUCCAGCAAUCAGCCGAGGAUGCAGUAUUGGAGUGCGUGACUUCUUCCGUAGAGUGUUUUAACUAUAUAGUCUCUUAGUCAAUGGAGCAUGUGCUAGUUAAAGAGAAGCAUGCACUCGUCGUCCCGCACUCAGGGCUUCGUCCCUCUCCACCAUCCAUCCCGCCACUGCCUACCGUCGCCACCUUUCUGUGACGAACACACGCUGCUGCAUCUGCCCGCCUCCAGGUGGCUCUUCAGGACUGUGACGCCGCAGCAGGGACUCAACCAGCCUUACUUUUUGCUCAGUUCACAGACGCCAUCUUGGAAUUGAACUAGACUCCAGUUUGUCUUUUUGAUUUCAUUUCCUUCAUCUUCCUACCUCUCAGUGUGUUGACCAAACACUUUAGCCCAUUCACGUGACUUAUUUGGCUAAACAGUCUUUGCCAGGGGUAUCCAAAGUUUUUCCACCGCGGGCCGCAUACUGGAAUUAUUAUUAGAUAUAUUUUUUGUAAACAUACCAAAAUAAAUAUAUGUUUCUAAGAUGUUACAUAUAAUAUAUACUUUAUAUAUACAUGCAUGGAAAAAAUUAUUAGCCCACCCUUGUUUCUUCACUUUAUUUGUUCACCUUAAUGCCUGAUACAACCAAAGGUCAAUUUAUUGAUGAUGAUAAAGAUGAUAACAUAAAUACCUCUUAAGAGUUUAAUACAAGAGAUAUCUUGUAACUUACAUGGUUUUCUUAAUUUUUCCAAAACCACUUAUAUUGUUACAUGAAUAACUAUAACAUUGUACUUCCAAAAAAUGAACUCCGAUACCAGGCAUGAAAACAAACAAGAAACUGAAGAAAUAAGUUGUCUAAUAAUGUUUUCCAUGGCUGUAUAUUUUUUUAAAAACAGCCUAUAUGUCAGCUUUUUUUAGUUCUCUAGUUUAAUUGAAUUUAAAGUAGACUAAUAAUAAAAAUGUGUUCCGCAAAUGGCCCCCAGGCCACACUUUGGACACCCCUAGUCUAAAUCCUAGUUUAUGUUUCUGCGUUGAGGCUCCUCCCCCUGCAAACCUGUGUGCACCUUGAAAAAAAAUAUAUAUAUAUAACCACAUGGGUCAGCUUUUAAUACAUGACUUCCUGUGUGUAUACAACUCCUUCAGUGGGUGCUCAGCUCUUCUUCUCCCCGAUUAUGGAUCCACAUUUCCAAUAAAAGUGACAUUGAUUAGUUCCAGCUCCAAUAACACCCAAAAAAGAACAAUCAGAAAUUGUCGCCAUGGUGACUACGCAGAAGCAUAAACCAGAACUGAUCAGGUAACCAAACAUUUAUUUGGUAGCAACAUCGCUUUUUAAACAAGGAAGUAAAGCCACUAAUGGCUGCUAAAGUUUAGUAGCAGUUAGCCAUUUUCAGCCCUUGGAAACACAGCAUUCACUAUAUGGGGUACAGAAUACUGAAAGGUGGCGCUGAAAGGUUAGCAAUUAACUCUUUGUUGCCGUGACGGCAUUCCUGCCAGGAGCCACAAUCUUUGCAAGCAUCGGACAACUCAGGUUAUAAUCACCAUAAUUGAUCAAUUAUAAUUCUAAAUAUUGAUGAUGCUGAAAUGACUCACCGAUAGUUUAUAAUUCUUUUUUUUUCUUGAGUGGAAAGAAAAGGUAACAAGCUAAUUACUAAUUACUAUUGUUGAACAACAAUAGGUUUGAUAAUGGAAUGGUCGAUUGAUGUAGCCUAACUGAAGCCAUUAAGGUUUUACAGACUAGUGUAAAACACUCAAUGUACGGGGCAAAGUGUGUCCAUUGUGAUCGGUUUUGAAAGGCAUUUAUUGUCCUAUGCCUACGCUAAUCGACGGUCGAUCGAUCAGAGCAUCACUAUGUUUUUGGCUGUAGUUGUAAUUCUUAAAUGCAGUUGUAGAAGUAGUUAAAUGCUCCCUAUACAGUUUUAUGCUUGACCUGAGCUAGUGGAGUCCCUUAGUGACGCAUAGGAAACAUUUUGGAGUGGUUGUCAUGUGAUUAUCCCCCACAUUGGUCGUGUGUCAAGUAUACCAGCUCAUUUUCAAAAGCUUAUUAAUGCAUUCAAAUAUGUCAAAUAUUACUAUUCAUCUGUUUUUACUAUAUUAAUAUUUACUAAAUUCAUGUAAAACAAGCUCAGUAGCUGUUGGCUUUUUGCCGUCAAAUUGCUAUAGAAUGCCUAACAUGACAUAUUUGUCACUGUUUCAAUGAUUUUGGACAAAUAUACAAUACAAUUACAUUUGUGGUACUAAUAAAUUACUACAUUUAAGGAUUAGGUCCCCUCAUAAUACGUCCACUUAAAGGCAUUCAAAUUUAGUGAGUUUUUUUGUGAUACUUGGUAAAAGUUGCACUAAAUUGAAUAGAAAAUGAUAAUUGUGAACGAUUCCAUGUAAUUAAGCGUCAGAGCUGGCAACUUUUCAGGGCCACUUUUCAGUCCCAAGCAAGGUUUGGUGGUUAUUUGUGCACCCCCCCUCCUUCCAAGUCAGGAAAUUAUCACUUUGAGUCACGUCUUGUCUUGUUUUGUUGUGUUUUUUUUUUUUUUUUUAAAUUCAACAGAAGCACAAAGACGCACUUGUGCAUACAAAGUGUACAUUGUAACCUUUUGGGCCCCGAGCAGUCAUCAUGACGUGAGAGACGGUUUACAACGUUUUCUAGCGUCACGCCUCAAAUUCCUUGUACAGAUCCUACACAUGCCUGUAAAAUGUUUUCUUAUAUAUUUAUACACUGUACAAAUCUUGGCCUUCUUUUUGUGUAUCGACUCAUAUGAUAUAUUAUCUUAUUUAUUACGUGUAAUGCUGCUUCUUUCUGGCUGAUCUAACUCUUCUACUUUGUACGGAGGCCUGUAAUCAUAUUUAAAUGAUGACUAACAGGCCUUAUUCAUGUUCAUAUGUUGAGUUAUUCAUAUUUAAAUAAUGAACGACAGGCCUGUAUUUUUUAUAACUCAAUGACUUGUGACUGUGUUCAUGUGCGUGCUAAUCGUCAUCACUUACACUCGGUAGCAACUUUGUUAUAGUGUAGCGUCUCUUUGACGGCCAAGGAAUGAAUGAAGAAGGUCCUACAGGGUGGUCUGACAGACUUUUAUACUCGGAUUUUUAUUUUUAUUAUUAUUAUUAUUCACACCCACGUGAGUGACUGGACUGCACAAAUGUAGCACCUGACUGCUAUCAAGCAGCAGGCAGAGCGAGACUUUAACACAAAAAAUAAAAUAAAAAAUACGCAGGACACUUCAUUAGGUACACCAUUGAAUGAGAUCCGAUGCACAAAUUUUGCUUUUUCAAAAGUAAUAAUGUUGAUUUUAUAGUGAUAGUUGUGUGUUUCUGAGUUGCAACACUUAACUGAUUAAUUGAUGAUUAAUUGAUUAAACGGCUGCACGGUGGAAGAAUGGUUAAAACGCAGGCCACACAGCUCGGAGACUCGAGUUCGAUUCCACCCUCGGGCAUCUCUGUGUGGAGUUUGCAUGUUCUCCCCGGGUACUCCGGUUUCCUCCCACAUUCCAAAAAAAUUUGUGGUUAAUUGGCGACUCCAAAUUGUCCAUAGGUAUGAAUGUGAGUGUGAAUGGUUGUUUGUCUAUAUGUGCCCUGUGAUUGGCUGGCGACCAGUCCAGGGUGUACCCCGCCUCUCGCCUGAAGACAGCUGGGAUAGGCUCCAGCACGCCCACGACCCUCAUGAGGAUAAGCAGUAGAAAAUGAAUGAAUUAAUAAAUCAGCUCCAUUUGAGAUAGUACAUGUUUUGUUGACUGAUUAUUUUAAUAUUCAUAUUUUUCUUCCCCGUCAUAUACGUAAAUGACAAAAAAUUCUAAAAACUGUAUUUGUGAAGGCUGGAUUUUUGGAUUGGAUCCCAUUAAAGGUGUACAUAAUCUUGUCCAGUGAGUGUAUAAAGCAGAUCAGUAUAUACUGUUGUAUGCAGUCGUGUUGAUAGUACUUUGUGUUUGACAGGGAACAUUUUUUCCGGGUUCUCUCAAAAGACGAAGCAUUUCAUUUAUUCAUGACAACAACUUCAAUGUCGCCCCCGCUAUCCUCUCUCUGCUAUAUGCUGUGCAUCCUGCACAUGUACUCUCGUAUGAAACAUGCAUGGCGCUUGCAUAACAACCACCGAGGCUUCUUCUCACAGAAACACUGCUUUCAUGUCACUCGCUUCAUUUGGGCCAUCAGCACUUUAAAUCGCAUCGCUCCGUCUCGUAUGACCUCGUUAUAGCUGCCGCGUACGUGUCACAACGAAAUAAGAGUUUGGCAUCUUUCAAAUGCUUGCAGCCGAGCUUAGAUGAUCAGGCAUUAUUUAUAGAUAGACAUGACAGAGGAGGAAGCUAAUGAUGUGCUUCUUGGACACACAACAAACCAUAGGUUACGUUUCUAGGCCGCAUCAUUAGCCUCACAUGCUAACUAAAUGUGCUGAAUCUUGGGCAAAAAAAUUGAAAGAAGCCUGGCGAGGUUUUGCUGCUAACACUUACAGGGGGCACAAACUUUUUCCACCUUCGACCUUGAAAAAUCACACAGUGCAGGGUCCACUUUGAUAUUUUUGAUUUUGUAAACUGGGUAAAACCAACCCAUGUAAAUAUGCUAAGUUGGCUAUGUUAUAUGUACAUCAGGGGUCUCAAACUCAAUUUACUUGGGGGCCACUGGAGCUAGGUUUUAAAAAAAAAAAACACAUUUAUUAAAAACAGAAAAAUAUACAAACUUUUUCAGUGCUUUGGUUCCGAUUUUCUACAAUAAAAGCGCUGAUAAAACAUUCCACUAUUCUCAAAUAUCUUAAUUUUUAUUUUUCUGCACAAAAUAGGAUGAAAAAUAAACAAAUCAAGAAUAAGAACAUCAACCAAUCAGUAAUAAAUAAAUAUAAUAAUAAUAAUGAAACGGCAAAUAAUAAAAACUUAAGAAACCACAUAUAGUUGGUGGGUAGACAAUUUUUUUUUUCAGAUUAAAAUGAACAAAGCAUUAUUAGAGCCCUGUAGACAUGACAAAACACGACUAUAGUCACAUUUAUACUUGUUUUAUUUACAACACAUUGCGCAACUGCAGGGUCUUGAGACACAUGCUAACUCGCAAACUAGAGAGCUAGCGACCUAAACGGUAGCCUCCAAGUUAUUUCCUUUAAACUUAAAAAAGCCAAAAACUUACCACUUCCACACGGAUAGGGAGGAUAACUAUUAACAGUUAUUUAACCUUUAACAUGAGCAUUAAUCAACAUUUUUCUGGGUACAUGAUACCAUACAGCAUCCAUAUCAAAGUUGCGCGGGCCGCACUAACAUUAAACUUUCAUAUCAAGGCGGGUGCCUCAAACUAGGGCCGCGUGUUUGUGACCCCUGAUGUACACGAUAGCCAACUGUAUUGCAAUUGGUCCUCCACAGUUACAUUUCACAAUAGGAAAGCAAUAGAAAGACUCCAAAUUAGUCCAUAGUCUUUUCAUGAAUGCAGUCGCUCCUCCACAGUUGUAUUUCCCAAAACCUCUAUAAUAGAAAGCUAUAGAAUAGCUGCUACAAUUAAUCGAUUCAGAAAAUAAUCAUUCGUUGCAGCCCUUACGAUAGAAAGACUCCAAAUUAGCCCACAAUGUCAAAAUAACGAGGUGUCAUUUUUUUAUAUGAAGUGAGUUCUGGUCGUUUUUUGGUGUAGUUCUGGCUAGUUCGUGUGAUCCCUUAAGUAAAGCGAUAUGCGUUCAAAAGAGUAACACAUCUGAUUUCAAGAAAAGGUCAGACCUCACAAUCCCUCUGCGUUUGUAUCACUGCGCACCACCACCAGCUGUUAACUGUUUCAGUGUUUACUGCUGGGAUAGUGAAAGUAAACUGAUUUAUUAUUAUUAUUUUGACUAACAUACUAUACAGUAUAUUGUGACUGAAGGCAGCAGGGCUUUCCAAAACAUGUUAAUCCCUCUGUCUUGGCCGUGUAGGAACAUAAUUGUGCUCGCUGAAGUGUGCACGACAUACACAAAGCUGUUUCAUCCUGGCUACUUUGUACUCCCACUCUGUAGCCAAUAGCUAAAGUUUUCUCACAGCAAUGUCCGUGACAGGAAACCGAUGCAAAUAUAGGGCAACGCAGACACAUAUUUGUUGUUGCAGCCCAGAUAAUUACAAGUCCACACUAUUUUUAGCACUCUAGCCCUCACUUUAACUCUCUCGCAUCGCAGCGGACGUCAUCAGUGCAUGUAAACAUUGUUGGACACAUACACAGAUGGCAGCACGUAGUGAUAAGAAGGGGGAGAAAAGAACGCCGAUCGAUGGAUGGUGAGGUCUGACUGUUUUGUAGAAAACAGUUUUGCAUGUUGUUUCGAGAAGCUAAACGCUUUACUUAAAUAUCAUAUUUAUCAUGGUUUUGUAAAUAUCACCUACUUUGGGUGUUUUUGCGGUGAUUGACAAGUGCAGCACUGACAGCAGAUUGCUAGUUUAGAUCCUGCUUGUUGAGUAUGAAGUGUCCAUUAUCUGUCCAUGAUGUCCCAACUCUAAAAGAACCACUACCUCCUUCUUAAUAGUAUCUGAAAUACAAAAAUACAACCAACCAACAAUAAAGCCUCGUUUUCUGGUGAAUCUCCACUCACAGUGACAGGUUUUCACCGCUGCACCAAUAUAAAUGAAAAUCAUUCAGACUUACUUAUUUGUUGUUAUGACGCACAGAGAGCAAGGAACAACUUGUUCCUGUCCCCUUCUUGCUGCUUCAUUGAAGCGUUCAGGCACACCGGUAAUUGUGAGGCGCUGAUUGUUUUUCAUUUUUAUUCACGUACCCCCAAUGGCAAUACAUGACGUAACCUUGGGGGUACGUGUAUCCCACUGACUUAAGUGACCCCACCAACUAGCCAGAACUACUUUUUUAACGCCAAAAAACAACCAAAACUCGGCUCACCGGACGAAAUGGGGGUAAAGUAACUGUGGAUGCACAACACUGCUGAUGGGGAUUCCAUACAACUUCAAAUAAAUGUCCAAAAAAUCAAAACUGUCCCUUUCAUGAAUGAAUGAUUUCACACAUCUCAUAAUAGAAAGCAGUAGAAGGACUACAAAUUAGUACACAAUGUCAAAAUAAAUACCAUUCAUUCAUUCUCUACCGCUUUUCCUCACAAUGGUCGCGGGGGGUGCUGGAGCCUAUCCCAGCUGUCUUCGGGCGAGAGGCGGGGUACACCCUGGACUGGUCGCCAGCCAAUCACGGGGCACAUAUAGACAAACAACCAUUCACACUCACAUUCAUACCUAUGGACAAUUUGGAGUCGCCAAUUAACCUAGCAUGUUUUUGGAAUGUGGGAGGAAACCGGAGUACCCGGAGAAAACCCACGCAUGCACGGGGAGAACAUGCGAACUCCACACAGAGAUGGCCGAGGGUGGAAUUGAACCCUGGUCUCCUAGCUGUGAGGUCUGCACGCUAACCAUUCGACCGCCAUUCCGCCCCAAAUAAAUACCAGUCAUUUAAUGAAUGCAAUCGCUCCUCCACAGUUACAUUUCACAAAUUCCUAUCCCAGCUGUCUUUGGGCGAGAGGCGGGGUACACCCUGGACUGGUUGCCAGCCAAUCACAGGGCACAUAUAGACAAACAACCAUUCACACUCGCAUUCAUACCUAUGGACAAUUUGGAGUCACCAAUUAACCUAGCAUGUUUUGGGAAUGUGGGAGUACUCGGAGAAAUCCACGCAUGCACGGAACUCCACACAGAGGGUGGAAUUGAACUCGGAUCUUCUAGCUUUGAGGUCUGGGCGCUAACCACUCAUCCACCGUGCAGCCUCAUCUACUUUCAUAAAAUGGAUUUCUAUGUGACACUGUAGACGUAUGCAUUAGUCACUCCAUGUAUGGUUAACGCUCUUUACUCUUUUGUUAGCGUUUUUUUUUUUUGAGUGUUCCAGCACACCCACGGGAAGAAAAGCGAUUGAAUAGCGAGGGGAGGUGUUUGGUCACAUGACAAUGUGUGAAAUCAGUGAUCCUCUGGGGUGCCGUAGGAGCAACAAUGCUGAGCGUUGAAGGAGAUAAUAACUUCAUGGCUUCAUUCAUGUCAUGCGACACGUGUAACAUGCUGACUGUAUCUGAUGGUGUGAACAAAGUGACUCCAUGGAAUGCUCGUGUUGAGUAUCGUCUGUCAUCCAAGCAUGCAUUGAGUUUGCAUGUCGAGACUAUUUUCUAACACCCGUGACCGUAUUUUAUUUGGACUGCUUUGCCUUAAAAAUCUCACAUUAGUACUUCUCCUAAAAAUGAAAGUUUUGCUUCCUUCUUUCUUUUAUUUGCCAUGAGGUCACUCUUCUCUGUCAGACUCAUUCCAGUUCUUGUUAGCCGUGUUUCCACAAGCAGUACAGUUUGGUAUGCUAUUACCUGGCAACAGGAAUCAAAAACUUUGAAUUAUAAUUCCUAGUUCUUGGAUCUUUUCAUGGUGCUUUAAAGUGCCAAAAGUUGGAAAGUGGCACAUUUUUAAAAUGAGUAAAAAUCUAAUCUGAACCGUACCGCUUGGUUGAAACAAGGCUUGUAUGGACUGAAGUUCGACGUGUUUAGUCCAACUGGUCAGUUUCCUGCUGCAGAAAGAAACCAUCAGUCUUCCUAAAGCUUUCAUGAAACGAGCCUUUGCGUUCCCUCAGCCUUUAUGUUGGUUGUUGACGGCAUUUGCAUGACGCUUGUGUAAAAAAACACCAACGAGUGAACUUACCGUAUGUUUGGGUUUCACAAAGCAGCACAGCGUUGACUCUUCUUGUAUGGAAGCCACCAUAAACUGGUUUAAAAUGACUAUUUCUGUAUGAAUAUUUCA